GCUGCGUGAAAGUAUCGAAGCAUUAGCAACAAGUACCAAAACCUGCAUUUUGCCUCGGUUUUCGGCCAUAACUUUUUUACUAUUAUUCGGAUCUUUUUACGUGUCUCAUUCUGCAGGUCUUAUAAAUUCCUAAAAAUCUCGUUUGAAGUGUUUUUUCGUUCCUGCCAACACUUGGGUUUUCCUUCAUUUUAAAGGAUACCGCAUCAUUCUAAGAUCAUACUAUACCGUGGGAUUCGGAAAAUGGUAUAUUUAUAGCGUAGAAAGUACAUCCAAAAAUAACUAUAACAAAAAUAAUCGAUUUGAUGGUAAAGAAAUUGGUGGUCCCGUGUUUUAUCGAAUUUGUAUUACUGCACGUAAAAUUAAAAAAAAAUUAAAAAUACUCUAUGGUGUUCCAAAUUCAUUGAUUUUAAUUUUUUGAGGUAGUAGUAGUAAUCAUUUCAAACGUAAAAUGUAAAAUACAUACCCACUAUUAUGUAGAAGGUGAAAAUCUCUUCAUUGAAAUAAGGUAUAUUUUUGUUGUAUAAUUUGAAAAUCAUAUAAGACUUCGAACUCCAUAGCGCACGUGACCGCAAAUGCACUAGCGGCGUCGAUUCAAAGGAGAGGAAAUUCUAGAAUAAAUAGAUAUAUAUGGUACAACUAAACAUUUAAACCUAAAAAGUACAUAGAUUGUUGUGUCUGUGUUUACUUUUUGCGGGCUGUACGAAUAUACACUUGCUACGGCAGUGUGAAUCACAGAACAAAAAAUUUGGACCUAAAGUAGCAUUUUUGAAGUUAUGCGGUAGCAUUUUUUUAGUCAACACAAUAUAUGUAAUUUAUUAGGUAAAAGAUAUUAGGAAAACCUCAAUCGUUUCUUAAGGCUGCACAAAGUAAAUUUCAACGGUUUUUUAAAGUUUCCUCAUUGUAAUUAAAAUUCGGUACAAUCUGGGUCAGGCCGAAAAAAGAUGAAUUUCAUGCAGAUAUUUCUGUUUUUUAUACUAAACUAAAUCGUGUAUUAUAGUAGCUAUAGGAUGACGUAUGUUUUGAGAAUCUACAUAAGUUCUAGUUCUUGAAAUUAGAAACAUCUGGACCAAAUUAAAAUUUGUGUCCAACAACAUAUGUACUGUCGAUUCCUUUCACCACACUUGCAACGAAUUCUUAAAUAUAUAGGGGGUCUCCUCCACGAGCUGUCAAACGAAGGCGCCCGAUGUCAAUUUGAGGUAUUUCUGGAAGACCUCGUGCUUCCACUGAUGGUGAGCUCUGCUCAGCGUGGCGACAGAGAAUGUCAUGUGGUAGUACUGUUAGACGACGAUACGGUUGACUGGGACGAGGAGUACCCGCCACAAAUGGGCGAGGAAUAUAGUCAGACAGUUAACAGUACCGCCAUGUACAGGUUCUUUAAGUACAUCGAGAACAGAGACGUCGCCAAGCAGGUGCUGAAGGAUCGGGGCUUAAAGAAGAUACGGCUUGGAAUUGAAGGUUAGUGAAAACCAGAUCACUUGAGCUAUAUUGUCUGUUUCACGAGUAUCCAUUACGGUAAAAUAACAGCUGAUUAUCUACUAAUAUUUCAAAAUUCCCCAUAUCGGCUAAUGACACGUAAUUCUCACUGAUCCGUCAACGCCAGGUAGACAUAGCCGUAUUUUGUUUAGUUUUUGUAUGCUACAGAUUCAUUUUGUACUUGCUGAAGACACUUUCAUUUAGAAAAGUUUACUUGCAUACAGAAAAAUCGCCAUAAGCAAGUUUUACCAUAUUUACACCCGAUUCAUUAUUGGCAACAUGGCAAUGUUACCAAUACAAAGAUGUCACUUGCUUGCAGCUGUUCACCUCAGUAGAGGUCAAAACGUGAUGGAUACUCGUGAAAUGGAGUUUGUGGCAUCUUUCUUAUAUUUGCUUUGCUUAAUUCAGCAUCUUUAUUACGUAAAAAAAUCCAGUUGAGGUGACAGUAGCCGUAACUGUUAAAUGUAAAAUUUGGAAUAGAUAAUAUUAACCAUAGCUUGCACUACAUUUUAAAGAAUACGUUAAUCAGUGCAGUGCGUAUUAGGGUACCCGACGUACAAAGAAAAAGUUAAGAAGCGUCCUGGUGGUAGGGCUGAAGUAAUCUACAAUUACGUACAGCGACCCUUCAUUCACAUGUCGUGGGAAAAGGAAGAGGCGAAGAGCAGGCAUGUGGACUUCCAAUGCGUCAAAUCAAAAAGUGUCACAAAUUUAGCAGAGGCCACCGCAGAUCCAGCUUUGGAGCUUGAUUCUAGAGGUAAUCCGUUAGUGUCAGCAAUGGCACUGCCUCCACCUUUACCAUCGGAUGCUCCUCUAGGACUGGAGAACGAAGAUGGGGCUGCAGGAGGAGCGAUAGAUCAGCAAGACCCUUCAGAAAUCGAAGGGGCCAAUAAUUUGCCGCCUGACGACCUAAACCUGUAAUCCAGUGCGAAAAAUAAACGCCAAAUCGGUUGAGUUUCGCGUUAUUAUUUUGUACAAGGUACUCCAGAGAUAGUCGGAUUGUUGAUUUUUAUAUGAAAUGUUGAUUUGGAAUUACAUUUUUUUAUACAUGGUAAAAAACGUUGCUUCCGUAUCAUCACAAAUAAAAUGCAGAAAUUGGUCAGGUUUAUAAUCGGUAAAAAGGAUAAAGUAAGAUUACGUCGAUACAGUUUGUCGCAAAUUCCUCCACUUUAAUCAUAACUUUUGUUUUCAACAAAAAUAUAGUUGGUUAUGUUAUGACAGAGACGUUUUGCUUCACUAUUGUACAAGUAUUUUAUGUCACUACAACAUUGUUUUACCACUCGUCAUACCGGUUUAUUUACAGGUUUUUCGCUGUGUUAUCAUCUUCAGGGAAACACAGGUCGGGCGAGUGGUAAAACAUAGUGAUGUCAAAGAAUCCAACAUUACACACAGGUAUUUUUUGUUUAGAUGUCGGUAAAAGUUAUGACGAAGGGAUA